AGACGUCAGACGUCAGACGUGUUUUUUUUUCAUUACAAAUUGUAAUGGUUGUCGAGGAACGACUGCGACCUUCUUGACGUUUUUAUUUCAGAAUCCAGAAAAUUCAACAACAAAAAUGCCGGUCAUUGAAGGAAUUGGAGAUGAGGUGGUGCAGUUUUUCUCAGUUGUAUUAGUCGUUGUGGUAGCAGUCGCAGCAUGGUGGUCUACAAGCAUCAGGGAGAGCCAUCAUAACAUAAGAACAGUUCUAAUAUUGGAACGUAGGUCUAGAAACAGAACUGGAGGAGAGACAACUCAACCACCAGCCGUUGUAACGGAUACAGAUAACGCCAUAGAUACCGGCCAACCAGACAGUUCUAAUGGUGGAGAAACUGAGCUUCUAACUGAUGACUCACAGGAGAAAGAUGACAAUGAAGCUUCUAACACAUCAUUAGUUGAAGAGGAGGCUGCUGGUGAAUGUGCCACUAAUGAAGCCACACCAGAGGUAGAAGGGGCUGCAGCUCAAAACCAAGUGACCCAGGAAAGUGGCACUGGGCAGAAUAUUAUUGUAAGGAAACGUCUGGUCCCCCUUCUUAAAACAAAAUCAGCAACAAUCCUGAGGGAACCACAAGAAAGAGUGGCGGAUGAGAAUCAUCAAACAAGGGAAGGAGAUCAGAUUAGAAUCAGGCUAAAAUACUUGAAUGAUGAUCAAAAGCUGGUCGAAGGCAGGUUGCAGGAACAGCUUGGAGAGUUCAAAAGACGGCAUUUCAACAUCGAGCUGUCAACUGAUAAACUUGUACGGUUGAUAUUCAAUGGCCAAGUGCUAGGAAGCGAUCAGCAGACUCUCCAGGCGUGUGGACUCUAUGACAACUGUGUCGUACACUGCUUGGUUCACAACCAAAGGACACCCCCGCGCACAUCAGCUGCGCACCACUCUACCCCUGCCACUCCUAAUCCUCCUGACUGGAACCUCACAACCCUUCUCUACACAUGUGUUAGUGUGGUGCUAUGCAUUGUGUGGUAUUGUAGAUACCAAUAUGCUCAGCUCUUCACUCUCACUACCACAGCCGCCCUCAUUGGCCUCACUGGGAUCUUUACUGUAUCAGUCUUUAGUCUUUACCUCCCUGAUCAAGAUGGGAUACCACACUAAUUUUGCCAAAUCAAUAAUUAGAUGCUAAGUUGCUAAAUCUCAGCCCUCUGAAGGACUUAAUUUAACUUAAAAAACUUUUGCUAUCUUGCUUGUUGUCAUUUUUUGUGAUAAGGGUCAGCCCCAGUACCAAUUUUUAAGUGUAAUUUAGCAGUUUCUACAAUUAAUACAAAAAUGUCUUCUACAAAAUGUUGUUGUUGAUCACAUGGGAUAAUUCAUUGGGAAGUUUGUUGUAAGCAACAACUCACAAAUCAAUAAUAUGACUUUAGGACUCUAGAACAUAUGUAAAAUAUUUAUGUCACAAUAUAUUUAAAUACAUUUGAACUAUAUUAUUUUAAAACAAUCAUUGUUCUAAACAUAAACCUUAUACAUGUAAAUGAAUUAUGACACUUUUUGAUCAUGGAAGAUUAUUAAAUAAUAUUUUAGCAUAUAAUUUUGUAAAGUAAACUAACAUCAAUAAAUUAUUGAUGCCUUUCGCUAUACUGCAAGUACAGGUAUAUAAGAGACGUAGGAAUUGGCUAACUCAGGAACUCGCUAACUCGGUCGUGUGUCGGAACUGGCUAACUCUGGAACUGGCUAACCGUCUCAGUCAGGAAUUGGCUAACUCCGGAACCCGCUAACUCGAUUUUGUCUCGCGGCGGAAUUCGCUAACUCUGGAAGUCGCUAACCUGGCCGCGCCCACUGCACAGAGCGUUGCCAACCUUGUACGACAAAAUAAUCGUACACUGCCGUAUUUCAAAAUGUCAGUGUCAAUGAAGAUACAGUAAAUGUUAUUGCUUUUUGUUAUCAAUUCCACUUUUAACAGAUAACUAGCCCAAAGUAAUUCAAAGACAAUUAAAAAAUAAUGAAAAAGUGUUUUUUAACUGUACAAUUGCCAGUUUGAUGUUUAUGAUUUAGAUCUUAAAUAUAAAUGCCAUCAGUAUAAAAGAAAAUUAUAGAAUAUGAAAAAUAUUUAAAAUUCAUUUUAAUUUUUACAAAAUAAUUUAACCUCUACGAAAUUAAGCUAAAAUACACGCAAAAUCUCAAACACGGAAACAAAUUUAAUCGUAAUGUCGUAAUAAACCAAAACCAUUAAUUAAUACAGUCAUCAACCAUCGUAACUUUCAUAACUAAUUCAUAGAUUUAAAAUUAAAUGUUCGUCGUUGAACCGUCCAGCUUACGUGUACAAAUAUCUUAGAGACUAAUUUUUUAUCUAGGCCUAAUAGUUUAAACCAAAGCAUUCUAGGCCUACUAGUAAAUAGUUGCCUAAUUCUAAAAUGUGUUGAUUUUUUUAGCAAUAAUGUUACAUGUUUUGAAACAGUUUUUAGAUUGUAACACACCACUGGUAGCACCACUACUAGCACCACUAGUAAAUAAUAGGAGAAGAUAUAAUAUUCCUAUAAUAAAACGAGGCAGGGAUAUUUUAAUUCACGAUUCUUAAUAAACGGAUUGACGGAUUUUCCUGAUUUGAGUGUUGGGUUUCCUUUAUAUUGCUUUCACUAUCGAUAUAAACUAUACCAAGCCAUUUCUCGGUUCACCGUUCCCCGGUACUGAGCUACACAAUAGACAAUAGCUUUGUUUUUUGAUAAGAUCAAGUAAUUUUAGCUAUGGCCACCAUUCAUAAGAAUUGUAACAAACAAGAACGCCUGGGUCCAUUUAUAACCAGCCUGGAGAAAAAGUCCAGACUUUUAAAAAGUAGGCCUACUGAAAGACGUAAAAUUAAUAUUAAUUCAACAAAAUUAAGAGGAUGACCCGGGUUCUACACUAAUAGCCUACGAUAAAAGAAAUUUACAAGUUGUAUUUAUGCAUGGACUAAUUUUUUAUGCAAUCCAUUAAUACUUUAGGCCUACCACUUUAUAAUGUAUUGAUAAAUAUUUAUUUAAAUUCAAUAGCUCUAUUUUAAAAUACAUUACCACUACAAUGUAACUUAAUUCUGUAAUUACGUUUAACGUGUAAAUUUUAUUAUGAUUUAUGAUUCAAGGUUACAAGCCCAGUAUAUAAAAUACGAACUUAAUAAUUUAAUUUGCAGAAGUUCACAAAAUGGUUUUUAUUCGAAUAAAAGAAACAAAUAGUAGACUACGAAAAUAGAUAUUUCAUAACAUGCAAUGGAUCCAUAUUAAAUUGGAUUUUUAUCUUUUUGCAUACCAAUAAGCUACUAUUUAAGUAAGAAACCCACGUCAUAUAAAACACACUCCCUUAUAUUAUUAGUACAUUUCUUAUCCUUAUGGAUCAGCUGAAGACAGUUUUAUUGUUAGUUCUGUCCGGUGAACUGUCUUUAGAGGUCGUUUUUGUUCACAAAUUGUUUCUUGUUUUCAGUCAUUUAAAACCUUGUUUAACCAGAUAAAACGUUCUAAUCACAACUAAUAACACGUCCCCUAGUUAUAUAACCAAACAGAAAAGAACAAAUCAUGAAGUUAACUAUAAAAUAAUAGAAACACAAUUUUGUCGACACUAGCGAUCAGUGUCACCGGACAUGAACUAGACACGAAAAACGAGCUUCAAAGCUUACAAUGGGAUGUAAAGUUUACUUGUGUUGGUUAGUCUAUGGUAAGACUAUAAUGCAUUUUCCACCCUAAUAAUCAUAAGAAUAAUGUUAAACAUACUUAUAAAUAUAUUUAUUUUAUCGACUACGUUGCUCUUACUCCUAAUUAAUCGCAGGAUACGACAUUAUGGUAUCGAUACGAUAUAGGUACUACACUUUCGGCAACACUGGCCAAAAAUAUUCGUGCUUGGCUCCCAUUGGACGGCCCGCGAGGCUUCUGAUUGGGAGUUAGCGAGUUCCGCCGAGGGACCGAGUUAGCGACUUCCGUACGAGGACGGAAUUCGCUAACCCGGCUCUAGAGCGGGUUAGCGGGUUCCGGAGUUAGCCAAUUCCGAAACCGAACAAGUUAGCGAGUUCCUCUCAUCGACCAAAUUUGAAGAUAGGGCGUUUAACAUGGGGUUAGCGAGUUCCAGAGUUAGCCAAUUCCGCGGACCCGUAUAUAACAUAUUUUCUCUGUAUUUUUGUUCUUUUAUGCUCACUCUAAAUCUCUAGUGUCCUUUUCUUGGCUGUAUAAAUUGUUUUAAGGAUUUCACUUGAAAAUAUUUAAAAAUAUUAUCUAAAACAAUGUAAAAUAUAGGCCUAUAGUAAAACCCCUCAUAUCCAACAAUGACACCAUGGGCCAUGGUCCAGCCAAAAGGUCAGAUAUCGGGAGGAGCAAAAAACUUGUUUUUUUCUAGUAAGAAAGUCGAGCCCAGCAGAACACAUAUUUCCAUGACCGCGAAAAGACAAUUUUACUGAUUUUGUAGGAGCAAUGAUGUUGCCGUGACCAUGGAAGAUGUUCACAAUUUUGCCGUGACUGUUCUCCAUUUUACGGUGACCGCAUUAGAUGUUCUAGAUUUUAACGCUAACGUUCACAAACUGUGACGCCUGGCCAAUUCAGGGUUUCCCGGUGAAAUUGAUAAUUUCCUCAUGAUUCCUGUUUCAUCCCGAUACAACAAAUUAAAAAAUAACUCCUGGUGUUUCCGGAAUUUCUGGUCUGUGGCUACCUUGUUGGUCGGAUAUCCCGAAGAAACGGUUAUGAGGGGUUCUAUUGUAGAUCGAGGUAUUAGUUAAACCUGUUUUUUUUUUUUUAGAAACUGUAAUAAUAAAAUAAGUUACUGUCUAAAUUAAUCACCCAUUUACAGUCCAAUCAAACAGGUUCCAAUAUCUAAAUGUCCAACAAUAGGGAGUGCACUGUUAAAUAAAUGAUAAAUUGUAAAUACAUUAUCUAAUUAAUUAUAAUGGAAGAGCUCUAAUGUCAUUGAACAUUUUGCUAGGUCAGUUUAUUUUGAUGCAGAGGUUUCUUGUUUUGUUGUGAACUUUAGUUAGUGUGUACACAUUCACAUGAAAACCUUAAAACAACCAAAUGUAAUGUUUGUUCUUAAAAAUGUUUUGGCCUAAUAUAGAUCGUGACUUCAGUCUUAUAUGGCUUUUUUACAUUCCUGUAAGUAACAAGUUUUUGUGUUGAUAGCGAAAAUACCAUUAUCAUAGAGUUAGAAAAUUAUUUAUUUCUUAUACUAAGAGUCUAUUCUGUUUACACCAAUAAUUUAUGUUUAUUAAAUAUUAAUUUUAGUUA